AUGAAAUCAAUAACUUGCUAUUCACGACUAAAAACUGGUCCACUCUACCCCUUUCUCUUUCACAGAAACUUUCUAAAUAAGUUCUACUCAAGUAUAGUAUAAACCCAAAAUUCAACCACAAACAAUACAAAUAUACUUGUAUAAUUCAAAAGAAAAUAAAUCCAGAACACUAAAGAUGGAAUUUUAAAAAUAUACUUCUAUAAUUUUUAUUUUAUCUUUCGGAAAAACAUUUUCUCUCAAUUUUCAUUUACUUCAGUUUGGCGCGAAAAUCAUGAAAGACGAAAAUUCAACAAAAGACGACGGAUCGCUCGCCGUUUUCUCAACAAUCGAUUGCGUUAAUGGUGGUGUGAAUGGCGAUGAGCUCUCUUAUGUACCGCCGUUUAAUUUUUCAAUGGUUGAUAAUGGCAUUUUCAGGUCUGGAUUUCCUGAUACUUCAAAUUUCCCUUUUCUGCAAACCCUAGGUCUUCGAUCGGUUAUAUGUUUGUGUCCAGAACCCUAUCCGGAGGUGAUCGCAGAUUUCUUGAAAGAUAAUGGAAUUCAUCUCUUGCAAUUUGGUAUCGAAAUGUACAAGGAACCUUUUGUCAACAUUCCCGAAGAUAAGGUACGGGAAGCUUUGAAGGCCGUUUUGGACACAAGAAACCACCCAGUUCUUAUACAUUGCAAGCGUGGAAAGCACCGAACAGGGUGCCUAGUGGGAUGCUUUCGGAAGCUGCAGAAAUGGUGUCUAUCCUCGAUCUUUGAUGAGUACCAAAGGUUUGCUGGUGUGAAAUCUAGGAUAUCUGAUCAGAGAUUUGUGGAGAUGUUCGACAUUUCAAGUUUAAAAAACACCCCACUGCAAUUCUCUUGCUCAAAGAAGAGAGAACAGGUCAAAUACGCUCCAAUGUUAAUAUCUUCAAAUUUGGUUUAACUGUUUGAUCACACAACAGAAGACAGCUCUAUCGAAAUGUUCAGGUAUAAGCCUCAAUAAUGGAUGAUGUGUGCAAUAUUUAUGUGCAAACUAUUCAACUUCGAUGUAAAAAAGCAGACGCAUUUGUUUGAGUGAACUAUUUCUGUACAUCUUUAUUGCUACUGAACUUAAAUUCCCGUUGAAUUUAUCAUUAUGUUUAAUUUGCUUCUAACUACAAAUCUAUUGAAGUAACUGUAAUUUAUACUCCUGUAAA